AUGGCACCAGAUGGGGAAAUAUGCAAAUGCGCGAAACAAACAUCGACUCAAAUGGCUGUCAGAAACAAACAAAUGACACCAGAGGGACAAACAUCCAAAUGCGCGAAAACAAAGAACAAUUUCGCAGCCGUCAGAAAACACCAGAUGGCACCCAAGGGAUGGAUUAUGCAAAUGAGCGGAAAGCAAACAAUCGUUGGAAGACAGAUGGCGAUUAAUAUCAUGCCACCAAAAGAUGAGGGAAAUCGGAGAGGAAAUCGGACCAGAACAAAGAACGGACUGCAGAAGACGACCGCAAAUAACCUUUGCAAUCGUCGAAAAUUGACGAGAAAGGAGCCGAGUUCGACGGAACAAAACAGUCAAAGGUGGGACGACACAGUGCCACCGUUCCGAAAAUAACCGAAUCAGGAGAGAGGAUAACUCAACACCUUCGCCGAAAAAAAACGUUCCUCGGCGUACGGACCUGAUUUUGGACAACGCGUAAAAGGAGACUUCGUGGAGACCCUGACUAGGUCAAAUACCACGACAUCGCCUCAGUCGACAAAAGAUGGACGCCAGCGCAACACUCCACAGUGGGCAGAAAUCAAAACAAAGCGAACCGGAAUUUUUCUCCUCGUCCAGUGAAGCGUAGGAACCACGCCACAAUGGACAUGUUUUCACCAUUCAAAAGGAGGAGGGCCUCAAACCCUUCUACACUCCUUAACAAUGCCAAAAAACACCUGCAGCCGGAAAAAUAGGAGAAACAAAGAUACCUUCCCGAUCCGACCAAAAAAACCUACCUAAAAUUGAGUCACCUAAGUAAGCCCAAAACCUAUCUGAAACAAAAAAGACCGCUGCACCAGCCCACCUCUCUAUUUCUCGCUCGAUCGUUCUUAUUACCGAUUACUGCUAACCUAAAACUGUUUUAUUGCCAGAACAAAUCAGCAAGAAGACAAGUUACGACCACAGCCGUCACACCGGAGCAGAAAUCAACGGAACCAAGAAGACCUCCUUGAAAAACCCCGGGACUCAAGGAUCGAUCGCCAAAGAAAACAUCGGAGAGGCGGAAGAGAAGUGAGAGAAGAAUCAGAGGAUAUUACGCCGAAGAUCAGCGUAAUCGAAGAUUGAAAUUCGAAGCGCCGAAGAUCAGCGUGGAGAAGACCAAAUCUAACUCAAGCAUCAAAGAUCAGUGCGAGAGGAAAACCAAAGCCUGGAAACUAGACACCGAAGAUCAGUGCCUAGUGAAAGAAAUCGACCGGAAACAAACCAAGUGGCAGAAGCUCAGAAUCAACAAGUUCGGGGAAAGCAGCGCCGAAGAUCAGCGUUGCAAAACAGAGACCGGGAAAACACCGAAGAUCAGUGUUCAACCGGAAUCACAAGUCGGAGAAGAUCGUCAACAGGAAAAGACACCGAAGUUCAGUGUCAAGUUCGGACAGAAAUCAACGCCGAAAAUCAGCGCUGAAAGAAACCAAACAUUUCCGGAGGAAGUAGAUAUCCAUCCCGCGAACGGACACCGGUAACUCCAUUCGAAGCCGGAAUCGACGAUCAGAAAAAGAAUUCCAAAAUCUCAAACAACAAGAGAACCGACAAGAAGAACCAAAAUCCAACUCAAGAAACAUCAAACGGAUCUGGCAAGAAUUCCAAUCAGGAACAACCGGAAAAUCAAGCUACUUUACAAAAAGAGCAGACAAACACCGGAAACAACACUCCAAAACCACCAAAGAAAAACAAGUAUUGGAAUUGGAAAAAGCCAGACAGCCAGACACCAACUGAUCCAGAUAAAACACCAACCAACCCACCAAGAAAUCCGAACAACAACCAACUGAAAAAUUCGAACACCAAUCAGCAAAUAGAUUCGUACACCUUCACACCACCACCAACUCUAGGAGAUCCGAAAACACCACCAACAGUCAAGAGCGCCAUCAAACCGAAGAAAAUGACACCCCCCAAGGACGAACAGGAGGAGAGAAAAGUUCCAGAAACUCACAGAAUUGCCGGAAUAAUUCUCGCCGCCACCAAAAAGUUCUCAAAGGGAAACCAGAUUGAAUUCAAGAGAUGGUCCGACACUUUCGCAAAGAACUGUUACGCCGUCGGAGGCGACAACAAAACCGCCGCCGAACUCCUACCGCUGGUACUUGAAGGAACUGCAAGAAUCAAAUAUGACAUGAUUCCUGAAGCGAAAAAGGAAGAUUGGGUGUCAGCCACAACAAUGCUCGUCGCAGCCCACGGCAACAGCACGGAUCUCAUGGAUGCUCGCGAAAAACUCCAACACCUAGAGCAAGGCACCAUGAGUUGCGCAGAACUUGGCAGAAACGUCAAAGAACUCUGCGACGUUGUUUUCCAAGGAAUGCCCGACAACAGGAAAGAAGAAAUGAUGGCAGACACACUUUUGACCAAGACAAAACCGAGUCUUCGCAAGAACUUAAGAAGACUAAAUCCGAAACCAAAAACUCUAGAAGAGGCAAUAAAAUCAGCCGAACGAGAGGAGAGAUUGUCACAAAUGGAGAGAAGAGAUGAGGAAGAAAGCGGUGGCGCACUAAUAGCCCACAUAACCCAACAGUUCGAGAAAAUGACACAAAACCUCCAGAAUCUCCAGAAAAACAACAACACCGGAAACAAAAAACCGGAUGGAGCUAAGAAUGACAAUCCACAAAAGAGAAGAACAUUCGGAUAUCGUGGCCGAAAUUAUGAUCCAAAUUUCAAUCAAAAGAAGAAAGCCGAACAACAGAAUGGCCAAACUUCAGAAAAACCUAAUGAAGAACAAAGGAGACAAGAUCAGAAGAGCCACCAAAGUUUUGUCCAAUCCAUAAUGCCAUCAUUCAUGAUCAUCAUGUGUUUAUUCGCCACAACAAUCAGUGCCGAAACAACAACAAGCGGCAGCUAUCAAAUUUGUGGUUUCCGGAAGAUAGAAAGCUCAAUCGAAAUACCAGAAAUCACCGACUGCAACAUCCACAGCCAAACUCCAAUCGUGAAAUUGAAAGCAAUCGUGAGCCAACCGACAAGUAACCCGCUGAAAGUCACGGCCCACAAAUGCUGGAAAUCGGUCAUGACCAUCAAGACCAGCAACUAUUUCAACAUCUACGGAUCCCGCAUGAUCAUAUGGUCGAAAGAAAAAUCAGUCGACCCAGAAACAUGCAGACAGAUGAGAGAUACAAAACAAGUGCACAACACAAACAUGACAGAAAUCUCUCGCGAGAUCUUUAAGACCAACUCAACAGAGAAACAUCUCAGCGCCACACCAUGGUUCGGAACUGAAUAUUAUACAGUCAACGAAUACUACAUGGAAAUCGGCGAAGUCUCGACAAAGAACGGGAGACAUGUAAAAUCUAACAUGUUCGAAAAAUACGACUGCGAGUUCAACAGAGGAGAAUGCAGGAGCGACACCGCCACUAUGAUUUGGUACGCAGUUACAGUAACAAGACCGUACUGCGAAUUCGAGCAGAUCACCACAACAGAUGUAUUAUUGAUGAAGGAUUUGAUAAUCAUACCAGAACUCGGAACCACAUCGAAGAUCGAUGAGAACAUAAAAAGACUAGCCGACCGCACCGAAUUCUGUAAAGUCACCAAUUCAUACCUAUUGGAAAAUGGAUUGAUGCUAGAUAUCAUCAACAUCGGGAAAGAAUACGCACCCGACAUCCUCAUCAAGAAUGCUCGAGUAAAUCGGAUGAGAAGAUCAGCAACUUACACUAUCAGCGACAUCACUGGAAGAGAAUUCGAAUACAGUCUGGGAGACAAAUUUCCGAGAAAGAUGACUCAAACAAUGUUUGGAAUCAACGAAGAAAACAGAAUCCCACUAUUCGGAACACAACCGAUCAAGGACCAAUCCAUAUUAGAGGAACUGAAAUUCUGGCGAGUGGAUGAAGCUUGUCUGAAAAGUCGGACAGCAGUCUAUAGAUCGGAAAGAGAUGCCAUAAAUGGACAACAACUGAUAGUGCUGAAAUGUAUCCGUAUAGCUCAAUAUAAAAGAAGAGAAGAAGCUCGACUUCGACAUAGAGGAACACUAACAACCAGCGAAACUGCGUUCAAAGAACAACUGGAAGCCCAUCCAGAAGUCGCAUUGAACGAAUUGCUGAACCUCGAAUUUAUACCAACAACAUUUGAGCUGACCAGAGCUUUGAAACCAUCAGAAGUCAAAAUUCCGUACUUCGAUCCGAAAGAUAUCGAAAAAGUACAAAAUCGAACAAGAUUUCUGGAGGAGAAAAAUAUAAUCGAACUGGAAGAAAAUCCACCAAAAACUACAACAACUGCUGCGACAACUACCAGAACAACAACCACAAAACCAAUCACAACAACUGUGAAACCAGCGGCGACAACUUCGAAACCAACCACAACAUCAGUGAAACCAUCACAAGAUCCAAGAAUCGGGAAACCGAAGGCGGAAAAUCAAAAUAUCCACAUCGUCCAAGAACCAUCCAAAAUUGUUGAAGAUUCGACAACUGGAUCGGAAGAAAUCGAUAAUGAUCGGACGUGGAAGAUCGCCAAAGAGAUCUGUGAAAAAUCUAGAGAGAAAAUCUGGAACUUCAAAAUGAUGUUAAACAGCGACCCAACUACAGCUGUGAGAAUGUUUUUCAAAGAUAACACAAUUGCCGCAAGAUUGAGUGGAGAAACCAUAAACAUCGCAAAAUGCAGAUCAGUGGAACCAACCGAAAUAUUCUGGAAUCACAAAGUCGAACACGAAUGUUUCGAAUUACGACCAGUGCUAGUCGAAGAAACAAUUUGGUUCCAACUACCUGGAACUCGAGAUUUGAUCAGCCAGAGUCGACCAAUAAAUUGCACCGAAGCCCACAGCGUUUACCAAAGAAAAGAUGGUUCGUGGAGAAAUCAAGAAGAUCAACUAGUGGAGACAGAGAAAAUCCAGACGUGGAAAUCUCAAUCCCAGAAAAUAUUUGAUGACUCACCGAAACUAUUCCAAUCAAAUCUGGACAACACAGAUGCUUUCAUCCCAAUUUGGAAAAUUUCUGAAAGCCGAACCGGAGCCAAAAUCAUCGUGAAAAGAAUCACAGUCGAUGAAAUCGUUGAUGGAGCACCAGAGAUAAUCACUGGAACUGCAAGAAACGCAACAAGAACAAUCGUGGACUUAUUACAAAGUGCCAAAGAAAGACUCGGAGAAGGAAUCGCCGAAGUUUGGUGGUCCAUAAAAUCAUUCUUCCUGAACAUCAUAAUUCCAAUCAUCGUAACCAUCGUCGUAGUUAUUCUUGCAAUUUAUGCAUUGAAAUGGUACUGCAUCGGAAGAGCAGCAUCAGCUGCAAGAAACCGAAUGUUCCAACCCAGUGCCCGCGAAUUAUUGGGAAUCAAUAUGAUUGGAACAACAAGAACUCGAGGAAAUUUUCGAGAAGAAUUCCCAGAAAUUCAAAUCUGCCACAUCAGCCUAAUCAACCACGUCGCAAAAGUUGGAGACCUCCCAAUCCUACCAACCCAAUUGAAUGGACAAGAAUUUCCAACACUAUUAGACACCGGAAGCGCAAUAUCACUGAUCAAGCGAACCACACUAUCACAAGUGAAUGGAAAACUCGAUGAAUCGAGAAGAGAUCAAGCAAGAGCCGCCAAUGGAACAAUUAUGCAGUUCCUCGGAAUCGCAAAAAUCAAAGUCGAAAUCGGAGAAUAUCAAAUCGAACAUGAAUUCCGAGUAAUCGAUGACCAUUUGGCACCCGGAAACGUCUUAUUUGGAGUUGAUAUAAUGGAAGAAAUUUCAAAUUUGGGAGGAGAAUUUAUUUUCAACUGGAAAACUCGAACCGUGAAGAUUGGCGCAAGAAAACUACAGAUGAACCAUAUUGAAUAUGAAACCCCAGAAAUGGAAGUAAUUGUGGAACAAGAAAUAACCAUCCCAAGAAGAUCGGAAACCGUGAUUCCAGCACGAGUCAAGAACUUCGAAAAUUUUGAUGGGACAAUAUUGAUCGAAGACAAUGGAAUAGAAUCAAAGAACAUCUACAUCGUCGCCGCAUCAAUAUCAAACCCAGACAAAGAUGGAAAAACCCUCCUCAAACUCAGCAACCCCUCAAAUCAUUCAUUCAAAUUGCAAAAAGAUCGAAUCAUCGCCAAAGCAACAAUGAUCGACGAAACUGGAUUAAACAACAUCUACAAAGAAGAUACUACAUUUCCCGAAGGAAAUUUCUGGACAAACCUGCCGGAAUUGCCAGUUGAAGGAGAAAAAGAAGAUCCAGUAGAAAAAAUUGAUCUAUCAGAAAGUUGUUUGGAUGAUAAAAUGAAAGAUUUAUUUCGGAAAAUGCUGAGGAGAAACAAGAAAGCAUUCGUGGAUGCAUCAGGAAAAAUCGGAAGAUAUCGCGGAAAUGAAAAACAUGAGAUCGAUCUAGUGGACAAUUACCAAAUCCCAAAAGUCAAGCUGAGAAGAAUACCACUCAAUCGUCGGGAAGAGAUGAGACGACAAAUAGACCUGCUCCUGAAACAACAAAUCAUCAGGAAAUCGAACUCACCCUUCUCGGCGCCAGUUGUGUUGGUUCAGAAGAAGAACAACAGUUGGCGCUUCUGCGUCGACUAUCGGAAACUGAACCAGAUCACAAAACCAGCUUCGACAGCACUCCCCAACAUCCAGGACAUUCUUGAUAAUGUUGGCCAGAAGAACAUCUACACGACAUUAGAUCUUGUCAGUGGCUAUCACCAAGUGGAUAUGAAACCGGAACACUGUGCUCGCACAGCGUUCGCGACCCACUUGGGAACUUUUGAGUUCAUUCGAAUGCCAAUGGGGCUCAAGAUGGCCGGCCAAACAUUUCAAAGAAUAAUGGGAGAACUGAUCAAGGAUGCCAGGGCGGAGUGUUUUGCCUACUUGGACGAUUUGGUAAUUUGUUCAGAAUCUCCAGAACAACAUCUAGAAGAUCUAGACGAGAUUCUACAGAAGAUCACCAAUGCCGGACUGAAGAUCAGCCCGACAAAGGCACACAUCGCGAAGAAAGAAGUUGAAUUCUUGGGAAUGAUAAUCAGUGGAGAAGGAAUUCGCCCAAAUCCAGCAAAAACCCGAGCUGUAAUCGAUUAUCCACAACCAAAGAAUCAAGCCGAAAUCCGAAGCUUUCUUGGACUCACCGGAUACUUCAGAAAAUUCAUCCACAAUUUCGCAACAAUCGCAGCACCGCUGAACAACCUGAUCCGAAAAGAUGUCAAAUUUGAAUGGGAUGAAGAAUGCCAGAAAAGCUUCGACGAACUGAAGGAGAAGCUGACUAAACCACCAACACUGGCAACACCACAUCUGAACAAGAACUUCGAAAUCGAAGUCGAUGCGAGCGGAAAAGGAGUUGGAGCCAUCCUAUUCCAACGUCAAGGAGAAGAUCAGAAAAGACAUCCAAUCGCAUUCGCAAGCAAGAGAUAUUCAGAUGUUGAAAGAAGAUAUCCCGCAAUCGAACUCGAGGCCUGCGGUCUCGUGUUCGCGUGUCAGACAUUCAGGCCUUACAUAGAUGGAACCAAGACCACCGUCUAUACCGAUCACCAACCAUUAAGAUCAAUCCUACGGGACAAGGUCGGAUCGAACCGGCUAGUGAAAUACAUCAUAACACUACAAGGAUUCGACAUCGACAUCGUGUAUCGGAAAGGUCGAGACAAUAUCGCGGCCGAUGCAUUGUCAAGAAAUCUACCAGAAUCAGAAACAUCAAAUGGCGAAAUCGCAGAGAUCAACAGAAUUGGAAACAUUGCCAACAUCACUGAAAUUGCAAAUCCAGCAAAAAUUCGCGAAGAACAAAAAAGUUCACCAGAAAUCGUGGAAAUGAUGGAAGCAACCAAAAAUCCAAAUUAUACUGGACUCAACUUGAUCAUAAAUGACAUCUUAUAUGAAAUGCCCAAAAAUGAUAUCCACAAUCCAAGAACAAUUUUGCCAAACAAAUCACAAAUCGCUCGAAAAUUAGUGAAAUUGAUUCACGAAAAUAUCGAAGAAGCCGCACAUCAAGGCGAGAACAAGUCGAUGAGUCGAGCAAGAGAAUUGAUCAAAAUUCCGAACUUACAAAAAUUGGUUCGAGAACAGAUCAAAAAUUGCGCAAAAUGCCAGAGGACAAAGGAUCCCUCACAAUAUAGAAUCAGAGCUCCAUUGGGAACAAAUGAUCAAGUCAACCAACCUUUUCAAAAAUGGUCAUGCGAUGCCAUCGGACCCCUGCCAGAAACAUUAAAUGGGAAUCGUUAUAUUUUGGUAUUCGUGGAUAACUUCAGUAAAUUGAUCGUCAGCCAAGCAGUCGCAGAUUUGACAACCAAAACCACAAUCGAAGUGUUGACCGACCAAAUAAUUUCAAAAUUUGGAACACCUGAAAUCCUAACAACUGACCAAGGAUCAAAUUUCUCGGCACAACAAUUUCAACAAACAAUGGAACUAUUAGGAAUCAAACAUCAAAUGUCCACACCAUAUCACCACCAGGCGAAUGGACAAGUCGAGAGGGCCAAUGCCACGAUCGAACAACUCCUAAGACCAUCAGUUGCCGAAAGACAAGACAAUUGGGAUCGAGAUCUUAGCCUCGUAACUUUUGCCUAUAAUGGAUCUAUUCAAGCUUCAACAAAAUUCUCACCUCAUCAAUUGGUAUUCGGAAGAAACUUCGCAUCACCAUGCUCGAUUGCCAUUCAACAGCCAAUUCGAACAUUCGCAGAUGAAGAUGAUUACAGUGAAUUUCUCAAAAGAACACUACAAAGAAUUCAUCCAAUUUGCAAAGACAACAUCGAUCGCGCAACCGAACGCCAAAAGAAAAAUUAUGACCAGAAACAUCCACCAACUUCAACCCAAAUUGAAGAAGGCGACAAAGUAAUGAUCAGAAAUGAGAGAGGAAACAAGAUCCAAUAUCUAUUUUCAACACCACUGGAAGUAGUGAAAGUUUCAAAUGAAAAUGUCACCGUGAAACUAGAAAAACAUCACAACACUCGAUCAAAUAAUCCGAAAUUGCUGACUGUACAUCGCAACAGAGUGAAGAAAUUCGUCGGAGAUGUAUCCAAAUCCACAAACUAA